UCCUCUGCCAGGGACUCUCUUCCCACAAGUAGAGCAAGAGCUCUAAGAGGAGGCAUUGGUGGGCUGCCCUUCUGCUGGGGUCAAUGGAGAGCUUCAUGAGCUCACGGUCCAUGGGCGAGGAGUCCCUCCAGAUGUGGGGCCUCAACAAGCGCCUGGAGGCCUAUCUGGCCCGGGUGAAGUCCCUGGAGGAAGAGAAUGGGCUGCUGAGGUCCGAGAUCCAGAGCCUGAAGGCCGGGUCUCCUGAGGGCUCCUGCUGGAGAGGUCACUAUGAGGAAGAGCUGGCCUCCCUUCGGGCCACCCUGGACCAGGCAUUCCGGGAGAAGCAUGUGGCCGAGCUGGCCCGGCUGGCCCUCAGCGACCAGGUCCAGGAGGUGACCAGCCAGUGCCAGAAGGAGCGGGCGGCCAGAGAAGAGGCCAAGAGGGCCCUGGCCGUGGGCAAGAAGGCCUUGGAGGAAGAGCGGAGGGCCCAGCUGUGGCUGCGGGAGAAAGCGGCCCAGCUGGAGAAGGAGGCCGAGGGGCUGGCGGAAGCCCACCGGGAGGAGCUGGCCGGGUUGGAGCAGGAGGCAGCCGGCUUCCCCCGGACCCUGGGGGUCUUCCAAGGGGUAACCCCCGGUUGCCCCCAGCCCCUGGAGGUGGAGGACUAUGCCCAGCGGCUGUCAGCCAUCUGGCAGGGAGCGGUUGAGACCUACAAGUGUGGGGUCUCCCAGGCAGAGGCCUCUCUCAGCCAGGCCAAGGAGGAGCUCCGGCGGGCCGUCCAGGGCAACCGGCAGAGCCGACUCCAGCUCCAACAGAUGGAGACCGAGAUGGCCGGCCUGCAGAGCCGCAAGGAGGCCCUGGAGGAGAGCCUCUCCCACCAAGGGCAGCUCCAGCAAGGGGAGGCCGAGAAGCUCCAGCUGGCCGUGGAGUCUCUGGAGGAGGAGAAGCGCUCCCUGCGGUCCCAGAUCGCCCAAGUCCUGGAAGACCGGCAGCAGCUGGCCCACCUCAAGAUGUCCCUCAGCCUGGAAGUGGCCACCUACCGGACCCUUUUGGAAGCUGAGAGCACCAGGCUGCAGAUGCCAACCGCAGUGGACUUCAAGCUGCCCUCCAGCCUCAAAGAUCUGAGAGCAGAAGUCAAUGGCAGUAAGCCCCAAGCCGCCAUGUCUCGAGAGAGGGGCCACCUGGAUUCCCAAGAUCCCUGGCCAAGUCCUGCCGCCUUCCUGAGGGGAAGCACAAGGCUGUGGUCACCCAGGAGCCCCGGAAAGCCCUCCCUCGCAUCCAGCCCUGCUUCUCUGCUGCCCAAGACCAGAAGCCCAGUGGCCAGGGAGUUCCAGAAAGCCAAGACCGUCCUUCAGUCCCAAUCCGCCAAAGGUUUUGACCUGGCACUGACCCAGGAGGAGGCCCCGGUCCUUGUUGAGUCCACUGCUUUCCAGCUGGGUGCAUCCCAGCAAAGCCAGGUGGUGACAGCCACCCGGAUCGAAAGUGUUUCCCAGUCCUUCUUCCGUGAAUCUCCCCCAGUGUCCGACUCCAUCAGUCCCAUCAUUCCAAAUAUAUUGGAAGAGUCCAGCCCCAAAGAGAAGGGCCAGGAAGGAGGAGGAGAGAAAACUGGAACCCACAUGGAGAAAGUGGAAGGGAUAAUGGAGAAGGAAGAUGACUCUGAAGUAGCUAGGGAAGAAGAAGAGGAAGAGGUAGAGGAAGAGGAAGAGAGGUACCCCAGUGGCAGACCACCAGGAGAGACCCCCAGCCAGUUGAUCACAGAAGCUUUAGCAAUUGCAACCAAAGACAUGAAGAGCACAGACACUCCUCCUGAAUCUAGCUUGCUUAUCAUGAUGGAGACACAAAAUGGUUUCCCUUCCAAUGACUCUUCCUCCUUGGAAGAAGAAAACGAAGCAACUCCUGCUCCAAGCAGGAAAGGGUUGGAAGGCAUGGAGGAGCUACACAAAGACUUGAAGCGAAACAGUCAACCGGCUGAGUGGCCAGAGAACAUUGAAGGCUUUGAAGCAUCUGUUGAGGUAAAUGGUGGUCAAGAAGCCCAUGCUGAAUGUCAAGAAGAGGAAGGAGGGCUGUGGGUUUCUGGGGAUCCAGAACCACCCUCUCUUUUGGAGAGCGGACUGUCAGAGGAGAAAGGAAUCAGGGAACAAAUUGCAAUGGACAUUCCUGUCACUGAAGGAAUGGAGAUUUACAAAGAAACCAAAUAUCCAGAGCAGAACAAGAGUGAUGAUGGUGGGCAGCCACCUGCUUUCCUAUUGGAUGAGCCUGAAGUUGCUUCUGAAUGCCCAGCACCAGCACAUCAUGUGGGGAAAGAGGCGCUUGCGGAUAAGGAGAGCUGGGAGGCUGGCGCUGGCCACUGCCAGGAUCCCGCUGGUGCCACAGGAGGAUGCUGGGAAGAGGCAGAGGGAGGGACAGAAGACCUUGAGGUGGUGAGUACUGAAGCCCUCCACUUCUCGGAGGACGAGGAGAGGAGGGAGCUCUGGAGCCCCUCCAGGGAGAAUGAGGAGUGUGACCUUCAGGAGAAGAUGCCAAGAAGUGAGUUUCGGACAGAGGAUGGAGGACCGGCCACUGGGAGUUUGUCUCCCUUGAGCCACACGGCUUUGCCUCUGGAAAGGUGUCAAGAGGACCUCUUUCUUCUGGUGGAGCAGGAGAAGCCUGAGGAGGAAAAAAGACCGCUUUGCCAGACCGAUUCUUCCUUGCCAGAGGAAGAAGCAGAAGAGGUGGCCUUGGAACCAGAGGCCUUCAGUGUGGAAGAGACUCUCUUGGGGAGUGUUUAUUCAGCAAGGAAUGAAGAAAACACCUUGCCAGGUGAGCCAGGGGUUACGGACAGCAGGGAAGCUGAGGAAGAGGAGGGUAAAGAAGGAAUUGCCCUACCCAGAGAUCUCCAGGAAGAAGAGAAUGAUUUGGAAAAUGAAGACUUCUCAGGCAUGGAGGCUGUUAGCUUGCAAGAGGCGGCCUUGGAGCAUCAGGAAGUGGAGAACGUUGUUCUAGAGCAAGAGAUCUCCACAGGAGAACAAGUGGAAGGAGCUCUGGAAGCGUCUCCUCAGCAACUGCAGAUGGAGCAGGAAAUGGAGGAAGAGGAGAUCCCCAUGGCUUCUCCUGAGGCCGAGGAUUGUGCCCUGGAGGGAGCCAAAAUGCUCAAAGACCCAAAAGCCACAGAGGCUGAGAAGGAGGAGGAAGGAAAGGCAGGCCAGGUCAGCCCCUGUCUUCACCUGGAGGAAAAGGACGGACCCCCAGAGGGCUCUGAAGCCCAACAGGCGAUGGCUGAGGGACAAGGGGCUGCAAAUGAGCAGCAGGUUAUCACUGGGAAAGAUGAGGAAACUGACCAGAGCCAGCAGGGAACUGCCCUCGGGCAAAGCACCACCCUCGAUGCCAGCCAGGAAACUGAGGCUCCCUCAGAAGUACAGAGAGACACCCUCAGUGGGUCCGAAGACACAGGCCACACCGACGCAAGCGAACCUCAGUCACAGAAUGACUCUUUGGAGUCAGAGGAGUCCCUUGAAUCUCCAGAUACCUCCCCGAAUGCCACCUGCAAAGGAGAGGGAAUUGGAAAAGAAUUGGAAAGUGGGCAAGAGAUUAUGCUAGAGGAAACCUUGCCAGAUCACACACCCUUGUGUGCAUAUUUGGCAGAGACGUUGGCCACAACCACUGAAUCCCAGCGGCUUCCAGAGGAUGAGGACGCUGCCAGAGACGGCUAUGAGUUCCUGAAGGAGGAGACCGAGCAAGUGCUGGAGGACGGAGGUCCAAGCAGCCCCCCACCAAGAGAAAAAGACAAGGAACAGGAAGGGUUCAAGGAGGAGGAAAGCUGCCCUGUGGAGUCAGAGGAGACACCAGCUGCCAAAGAUAUGGAAGAAACUAAGACUGAAAGGCCAGAACCCCUCCAAGAAGAGAACCAAGACCCACACAUAGCAAAACCUGAGCUGUCCAGAGCAGAAGAGCAUUUUGCACUUUAUCCUGAGCCCUUGGAGGCAGAAUCCGAGAAAGAGGCUGAGGGGAGCAGCCCCCAACAGGGAGGCGAUGUAGAAAAAGAACCUGAGUUGGCAGAGCAGACCCCUGAGGGGAAAGCCGGGGCAGAUUUUGCCUGGAAGCCAGAGCAGGACAGCGUUUUCCAAGCGGGUUCCUUUGACCCUGGGAGCCUAGAGGAAAGUGUCCCUGCAGAAGAUGGUGGCUCCCUGGAACUGAGCGACCAAGAGGAGGUGGAGGCUGAAGGCCCCCAUAAGGAUUCCCCUCUGACCAGUGUGGCUGACCUGGGGGAGAUUGUGCUGGAGGAAGAAGAGCCCCUAGGGUUCCAGAGGGCCAUGGAGGCAGACCCCAAAGAUCUGACAUGCACUGAGAUAGUGCUGCCAGGUGCCCCUGAACCCUGUCAGACCUCCAAGCUAGAGAGUCAUGGAAGGGAGGAAGAACCUCAAGAGGAAGAUCCGGCUGAGCUUGGUCCAAGGGCCAAGGGUUUCCCUGACCCCUCACCAGAGGUGACCAUGAGCUCUUCACUAGAUGGCAUGAAAGACUCUGACAUCCUGGAAAUUGUGGAGCAAGCCCUGGAGUUCAACCAGGAGCUGAUCAAAGCAGCUGAGCAGAGCACUGAGGUUGGACCACCAUCUGCAGGGGAAGAAGCACCUCUCUCCCCAGAGGAAAAGAGUCCUGAUGUUUCUGCCACAUCAUUGGACAGAGACGUGCCCCAGAUUGUGAAAGAGGUGCCAGAGGUGUCUUCCUCCAGUGCCAAAGACCCAGCAGGGCCCCCCCCAUCUGUGGACCAAAAGCACCACAAAUGGGCUUCAGGCAGAUCCCAGCACUGUGGAUUUUGCUGGGGAGAUGCUGAAUGGCCUUGGGCCUCUCCUUCCCAGGACCAUGGAGAGGGACGUCAGCACUUCUGCAGAAGGACAGGUCAAGAAGAUCUCAAUCUCUGAAGAGCUCCCCCAAGAAGAGAUGGAUGAUGACCUCCCCAUGGUGGACACCACUAGCUACAGCCUGCCUCAGACCCUGUCCACUGUAGAGGCACCAAGAGCAGGAGAAGUUGGCUCCGAAACCCAUGAGGAAGCUUUUCUGGACCAGCGAGGAGGGCGAGAAGCCCUGGAAGCACCCCAGAGCAUCUUUGCUGAAAUCCUGCAGACUUCUCACGGGAAGGGAAGAAGGGAGAGGGAUCUGGAGGAUGUCUCCGUCGCUCCAGACUUUGGGGAGGACCUUCUCUGCCUGCAGCCCAGCCAAAACCUCAAGUUCCGACCAGAAGAAGAUGAGGAGGAGGAGGAGGAAGAGCCCUGGUCUCUGGAGGGCAACUGAGAUCCCACCUGGCCCAACCAUGAGCUCCAGCACUAUCACGGCUGGCCAAAGGGGACAUUUUCUUCCAACCCACUUCCCUCCCUCCCUCCUUCCAUUUGGCAGUUCAAAGAGGCAGUCCAAAUAACAAUCAAAAGCUCUGAUUACCUAUAGAAUAUUUGCCCCAAAACACUUUGUGGUAGCUUUUUUAAAAGCCUGUUUGUUCCAAGGAGCAUUCAAGUCCUGUGCCUUGUAAGUCCCAGUGGGGCAGCCGUGGGGCUUGGCCUUCUGCUAAGGGUGCCCACCUCUCCUUAUGCCGCACUGCUGGUUCUCCCUGGGAUGCCCUGCAUUACCUCUGGCCCUGGCUGGGUGGGUGGGUGGGAAAUUGGGGGGCCAGGGUCUUCCGCUCGCUCAUGGGGUAACUUGAAGAAAGUAGGGGGCCCCACAGCUGGGCCUCCUUUUCCCCAGAGCUUGGUGUGGGGUCAAAAUUUACUAGACCAGAGAAGACGUGGCUUCUGGUUUGGGCAACCUGGCUCCAGACCAUGAAAGGCAGCCGCUGGACUUGCCGGUUGAACAGGAGGGUCCCAGAGCUGAGGAGGGAUGGGAAGGCAAGUUGGGCUCUGGAAAAUACCCCAAAGUCCUCCCCAUAAAUGUGAAUUAAUAAAGUUCCGUUCUCUCCUCCUCCCCACUUUCUCUUUAACACUGUUCUUUCUGAGAUAAUUUCUAAUCCAUUUUGUGCUUGGUUCCCCCCCCCCCUUUUUUUUUUUGGUUGCUGGUUUGUCUGUCUGUCUUUCUGUGUGUUUGUGAGUGCAUAAUUUAAGAGCAACACCUUUGUGUGCUCUCUGUGUGCAUCCAGGACUUUGCUUGUUUUUAAGAAGAAAGAAGAAAAAUGAAAUGCCUGUUCUGCGCCUGUUGGCAAAGUGGGCAGAGCAGCCCCCCCCACCUCUGCCCUUCUGCCCUUUUACUGGGAUCUGAUCACCCACCGUGGGGCUGGAGGGGGACAGGAGCAGCGGCCGGUAGGGGACUGCACGGCCCAAGGCCCAUGGCUGCCUCAUGCCACCAGAGAGAGGCACCCAUCAUCCCCAGUGCCACUUUGCAAAGGAUUCUGGGAAGGGCUCUCAGAGUGCCCAACACUGCCACGUCCUCCAUGGGGUGACAAACCACUGGAAGCCAACUCCAGUGCCUCUUUCUUAAGCUAAUAAAGAGACAUUACUUCCCACCA